AUGGGAAUAGGGUGGGCGAGGUGUGGGGCUGAGUUUUGUGUUUUCCGGGCGAAGGGGUGGGGCUGGACCUAUGGGUGGGAAUGGGUGUCGGGUUUGGAUGGAGAUGGGUUGGGAAUGGAUAUCUGUGAGGGCAUUUUCCCUUCUGUUUGGUUGAAGAAGAAAGUUUAUGGAUGGUGGUUGGGUUGGGGUGACGGUGAAGGGGUGGGGCUAGGAGGGGAGGGGGACAAAAUUGACCAAAUUGAAACGACAUGGACCAAAGUGGUAAAAGUGGAAAACUACAGGGACCAAAAGUGA